GUCCUCGGCCGGGAGUCCUGGAGGAGCUUCCCGCUGCCCUUUAGGUCUCCCCCGCAGGCUCGUCCUCCUGGCCCCGCCAAGCAGGCGCGGGGGAAACGGCCUCGACGGCGGGGCCAUGGCAACGGUCUCCUCGUCCUGGGCCACUGCUAGCCCCGCUGACUCGCCCGCGUGCGCUCAAGGGACCCCCACCACCUCGGCCGGCUGAAAAGUCGCCGCCACCUGGAGCCGCGCGGGCUACUAUGCUUGCCCUGGGCCGCCGGCUCCCGCGCCCGCGCCCGCCCGCCCCGGCUCCGCUCCGGCCGCUUGGAGCCUCCUCAGUGUCAAACUGGAAGAGAAGUAAAAUUCAACAAAAACUUACUAUGUGUGAAGUUCUUUCUUAAAAAGAAGAAAAAAGAUUACUGAAUUAUGGAUCGGAGCAAGCGGAAUUCAAUUGCGGGAUUUCCUCCGCGAGUGGAGCGCCUUGAAGAGUAUGAAGGAGGCGGUGGAGGAGAUGGGAAUGUGACCCAGGCAGGGAAAGUUUGGACGUCUUCCUAUCGAGCUCUUAUAAGUGCCUUUUCCAGACUGACACGUUUGGAUGACUUUACUUGUGAAAAAAUUGGGUCUGGCUUCUUCUCUGAAGUGUUCAAGGUUCGCCACCGUGCUUCGGGUCAAGUGAUGGCUCUGAAGAUGAACACGCUGAGCAGCAACCGGGCAAACAUGCUGAAGGAGGUGCAGCUCAUGAAUAGGCUGUCCCAUCCCAACAUCCUCAGGUUCAUGGGUGUGUGUGUACAUCAAGGACAGCUGCAUGCACUCACAGAGUAUAUCAACUCUGGGAACCUGGAGCAGUUGCUGGACAGCAACCUGCACUUGCCUUGGACUGUGAGGGUGAAACUGGCCUAUGACAUAGCAGUGGGCCUCAGCUACCUUCACUUGAAAGGCAUUUUCCAUCGGGACCUCACAUCAAAGAACUGCCUGAUAAAGAAAGAUGAGAAUGGUUACUCUGCAGUGGUGGCUGACUUUGGCCUGGCUGAGAAGAUCCCUGAUGUGAGCAUGGGGAGUGAGAAGCUGGCUGUGGUGGGCUCACCUUUCUGGAUGGCACCGGAGGUUCUCCGAGAUGAACCCUAUAAUGAGAAGGCAGAUGUGUUCUCUUACGGCAUCAUCCUCUGCGAGAUCAUCGCCCGUAUCCAGGCUGAUCCGGACUACCUUCCCCGCACUGAGAAUUUUGGACUGGACUAUGAUGCUUUCCAGCACAUGGUGGGAGACUGUCCAGCAGACUUUCUGCAGCUCACCUUCAACUGCUGUAAUAUGGACCCCAAACUGCGCCCGUCCUUUGUGGAGAUUGGGAAGACUCUGGAGAAGAUUAUGAGCCACUUACAGGACGAAGAGCUAGAGAAAGACAGGAAGCCACAGACUACCACUAAAGGUCUCUUGGAGAAAGUACCUGGUGGGAAGAGACUGAGCUCACUGGAUGACAAGAUUCCCCACAAGUCACCGCGUCCAAGACGCACUAUCUGGCUGUCUCGAAGCCAGUCAGACAUCUUCUCUCCUAAGGCCCCCCACACAGUAAGCGUCUUGGACCCUUACUACCGGCCACAAGAUGGUGCUACCCGCACCCGCAAAGUCAACCCUUUUAGUGCCCGGCAGGACCUCAAGGGUGGCAAGAUAAAGCUGUUUGACCUCCCCAGUAAGUCUGUCAUCUCCCUGGUAUUUGACCUGAAUGCACCAGGGCCUGGAACUGUGCCUGUGGCUGGCUGGCAGGAGUCCCCAGCCCCACCUGUUCGCCGAUGGCGUUCUUUGCCUGGUUCACCCGAGUUACGUCAUAAAAUCUGUCCAUUUGUGAGUUGUGAAGAAUCACUGUCGGAGGGGCCUCCACGCCUCAGCAGUCUCAAGUACAGAGUAAGAGAGAUCCCGCCAUUCCAAGGAUCUGCCUUGCCAGCAAGUGCAGCACAUGAGGCCAUGGACUGCUGCUGUCCCCAGGAGGAAAACGGUUUGGGGCCCAGCUCAUGUUAUGGAGGUGUCUCUGAGGCAAUGGAAGUGGAAGAAAGGCCAGUAGGCGCUUGCUCUGUCUCAGGUGUAAGCCUGCAAACUUGGGGAGGGCAAGAUGGCUGAGAGUUGGAGCUUUGGGAACAGUCUGUCCUUACAGAGCUGCAAUAAGAAACAACCAAAGAAUGAAGAUGGUCAGAUAUUUUCA